AUGUUAGAUGAUGCCGAGAAUCAAAGCUAUGGGAGCAGGCGGCUGGCUAUAAUUUGUGUCGCCCCAUGGAUGCUUCUGUUAAUGGAGAAGGGUCGAAGCUCAUGUAAUAGUGGUUCAUUGACUGAAAGCUGUGUCAGAGCGGACGGCACAAGUACCACAACUACCGAAUUCCACAAGCUUAAGGCUAAGGAUGACCGAGUGGAAACAUAA